AUGGGAAAGGACACUUUGUAUUCAUACUUGUCUCCCAUCACAGAUGAGGAAGAGGGAAAGUUUAGGGACCCGAGGGGGCUUUCAAUGGGGUCGAUGAAUGAAAAGCUGAGAAAGCUCAAUGAGGAGUUCAAAGCGAGGUCUUGUAUUGGAAAUGGAUUUGUAUUCAACAGAAACAUCAGGCUAGAGUCGCCUGUAAGCUAUUUCGGCAAGCGUAGGGAUUUUCCUGAUGGGAACGAAUCAAUAAAUAAUGGACAGAGGUGCCAAAGGGAUGCUGGAGAUGCAAAUAGUCCUAAGGCAAAGGAUGGAUUUAUUGGGGGCAUGAUAUCUUGGAAGGUAAAUCCUUCUGGUGGUAUAAAUAGGAGUAUGGUUCACAAAGAAAUGUCUAGAGGAUCGGUGGUUGGAAUGGAUCUUUACAAAAAGCCGUCCAUAGACUUCACCUCCUAUACGAUGAAGAAAGGAAGUGGAGCAAGUUCUAAGGGGUACGUGAAGUCCAUGGCAAGUAGCUCUAUUUUCAAUAGAGGGCCUUCUUCGAAUCCUGGCGGUAUUGGAAAGGAAAGAAGCGUGGAUCCAUCAUGCCUAUAUAUCAAGAAGAAGGAACAAGUGGAGGAGAAAUCUUCUCCAUCCAGAUCUGUAUUUAGCAAUCCAUUGUCAAAUUCCAGGACCUCUAGUUCAUCUCUUAAAGUUUCAUCCCAGGCAUCCAGCUCCUUUAUACACAACAGUACAAGCAGAUCCCCGGCCCUUGCUCCUAUUGAUGUGAUGUAUGUAAAGACAUCCGAACCAAGAAAUGGGAUGCCAAAUAUGGGAGAUGGUGAUAGUGAGCCAUCACAGUUAUGGAAUGAUCCCUCCAAUACUUCGCCGGUUUCAAACCUUUAUGCUCCUGGGAGAAAGCUAACAAUCCAUCCAAGUAUCAGAAUAUCAAACACUGUGCUGGGGUAUGAAGGCUCUGCAGAAACAACCAAGUACUACAUCAUGGUUGAGUCUGAUGUAAACUGGAUGAUAUGCAAAUCCAUAGGGGAUAUUGCUGCACUGAUUCCUGGCAUUCGAUGCACAACAUUAUCGAAUGCAAUGUCUCCCCAGGAAAGAAGGGCAAGAGAUAGGAUGAUCCAAGUCACAUUGAACUCAGGAAUCACCGAUAAACAGCUGCAAUCAUUCAUUCUCUCAGAUAUUUCAAGUGUUCAGGUAUUUAGAUCUUCAUAUCUCUUGAUGGAUAAUGAAGGAUGGAAGGCAUACCUUUUUAAGUUUGUUGGAAAGGCACUCAUAUGCUAUGAAAAAAGUCGGGUCUUUAAGAUCCUCCUUCUUAGUGGAUGCAAUGUUUUGCCUGUAGGCCAGGUUGCCUUCUGCCUUGAGAAGUCUGGAGAAGGAAUAGAAUUGUAUGCCACCUGUGAAAAAGAAAGAGAUGCAUGGAUCUCUGACAUAAAAGAAUACAUUAGUAAGCUCUAG